UUGGGUCUGCUUCGUGUUGUUCAUCCACACUGGGAUGAGAUUUGUGGACAAUUGCUUAACGGUGCCUAUUAUAGACUACUGGAUAGGUCGGACAAAUUGUUGAUGACGUUACAACGCCAACUGCCAGCGAAUCCAAGGCUUCAUUUUCCAACCACCGUGCUCACCAGCAUUCAGGUGCAUAUCCUCAAUCCAGUCGACGUUAUGCGAGCCGUUCUGGAUGAAGGUGUGUGCUGCUUUCCGUACGGGGCGAUUCUCGACAAGACAAAUGCGCUACUGGAUCAAAUAGAGUUUAUGUUGCACGGUGGAGACCAGGACACAGUGAAAUGGGAGCCCGUCGCUCUUCUCGCCAAAAAGGCUGCGCUUCACUAUCGCACGUAUAUGGAACGAAUCAUGGAAGAAAGGCUUGGCGAAGGCUUACGAUUGAAGGCUGCUCAGCGAAUUCUUCGACUUGACUCCUUCCUUGUAGAGAGUACAGUAACGAAGCUUGAAAAGGAUACGAGUAAGGCUCGCGACGAGCUUAAAUGGGAACUCGAGCAGUUACAGCAGCAGAACGCUCAACUGAGAAAGGACAAUCGACAACUGAAAGCUGAUCAUAUGCGUUUGGAAACACGAGUCGAGGUGCUUGAGCAGAAAUUUAAAACAUUGGCCAGAUUGCUGGGAUAG